AUGGAAUCUUACUUUAAUAGAAUUUUUUUUUGGGUAAUUACUCUACUUUUGUUUUAUGGUAUUAAUCUACAAAUAGCCAAGGCUAUUACAACAGAUAAUAGGGAAGAGAUUAGAUAUGCUAUGGAAACCAAAAAAGAAGAUGUAACAAGUAUAGAAGAAGCUCUAGGAUGUAUUAUAACCCAAUAUAUUCGAGAUAAAUUCGGUUGGAAUAGGAUACAUAGAAUACCUCGUUAUAUAAGUAUGCCAACAACAUUUCCCUCAACCUUAAAAACUAAAUUUACUAAUGAAGAUUUAAGUGAUCCUAGAAAGUUCUAUUUAAAUUGUUUAAAGAUUAUGGCUGAACUCGAGAAGAAGAAUAUAGCUCUAUUAGGACCUGAAACGAUUAGUGAAAAGGAGUAUGCACAAAAAUCGUAUUGUAUAUCUUCAGCAGUAUAUUGUUAUCCUGAAAAAUCACAACUGGAAAUAGUAGAAGAAUAUUUCAAUAAAAUUAUGAAAGAUAUAGCUAAUACAGUCCAUGAAUAUAGGAUAAAAAAAGUGAAUAUAAUUGAACAGGAAGAAGAUAAGGAGGAAGAUUUAUAUGAAAAACCAAAAUAUAAACCAGCUAUAGAGGAAAAAUUGAAAAAAUUACAAAUUUUAAGAAAAAAAUCGAUUAUACCCCCUAUGAGCUCAGAUUUAGAACAGGAAUUUUUUUCAACAACACUAGAAGAUGUCCCACUUAGAAAAGCUGCUGCAAAACAAAAAGCAACUGAAAAACUGGAAUAUCAAUUAACUGGCAAGGCAUCAUUAUAUAAUCUUCCUAUAGAUGAUAAUUUAGUAUCCAAAAUGUCUUGGAACUUUUGGAGAUCUAUAGUAACACAGGAAGAAAGAGAUACAAAGGAAAAUAAUAUAAGAUUACUACUUAAGAGUCACAGUUUUCCACAUAACCUCAAUAAUUCACUAAAUACUAUAAAAAAUAUGUACGAGAUAUGUCAAAAGGUAUUAUUUUCUGAAUGGAAGGAUGGAUUAGUAAAUAUCUUAAAUUCAGCUAUAAAUAGUGUUAAGGAUAUAUUUAUAGAUAUUGAUAAUAGUAAAUCUGAAGAAAUGAGUGCUCAAUAUCCUAAUCCAGAAAUAGAUGAUGAAAAAAAUACUGCAGCAAAAAAAGUUAUUUUUCAAUACUGUGAAGAUUCUAUAGAUCAUUUUGUAGGUAAUAGACAAUGGUCAAAAAUAGUGGAGAGACAGAAUUCUCAAAUAUAUGGUCUACCUUCUGGACGUCCUUACAGACCCUUCAAAUUUACAUUUGGGAAAACAAUAUAUGAAAUGAGGGAAAAUUGUGCUAGUGUGAUUUGGGAUUUAUUUUCAAGUGGAAUAACUAAAGAUUUACAUAUAGAGGGAUUUAGAAAAUCUGGAAAAUAUGAUUUAAAAUUAGUAAAAAAUACUAUUGAGAGUUUCUGUCACUUUACUUCUAUAGCAUAUUUCCAGGGAGAACCUACGUUAGAGGAACUGGAAGCAAUUCCAGAAUUAAGAUUGAGACACCAAAAUAAAGAUAGUGCUGAUAAGUAUGAUGAUAUUUGGAACUUUAAAUCUGAUACUAUUAAACCACCAAGAUAUCAGUUUUUAGCUAAACCAAAUGACGAAAAUGUGCAUGUAAUAUCAUCUAAAGCAUCUCCUACUGGAUACAAUAAAUUUGAGAGUAACAAGACUUUGAAUAAAAGAUUUUUUUUGGAUGGAAGAAGCCCAAGAGCUUUAUUUGGUAGUACUAGGAAUUUAGAUGAUAUACUAAAAAAUGGUGUACCUGUUGGACUCACUGUUGGAGAAAUAGACUCCGAAACUCAAACCUAUUUAUCUUUAUAUCAAGAUUCUAAGCCAUCAAUAGUAGCUAUUCAACAGUGGAAUGCUUUAAGGAGUCAGGUACAAGAAAGUAAUAAAAAAGGACAUGGUUUUACUUUGCAAGAUUUGCCUUCAAAUCCUCCAUCAGAAUGGAAUACACCACAAUAUAACAGUGAGAAAUUUUUUUUUGUAUGCGUAGAAAUUUUAAAUUCUAUGCUAAUUCACAAAAAAAUUUCUGUAAUAUUUCCUCAUGGAAGUGGAGGUAAUACUCAAACAAAAGUACAAAUGACUAUCAUAGAAUUUUGUAGAGAUGCUGUAAAUCACUAUUUUGAGAAUUAUGAGCAGCUAUUUGGAAUUAGUAGAGCUGUUACUCAUGCACCUUUAAGUAAGAUUAAUUAUGAAUUAUUAAGUCCAAUGGUUUCCCCAUCUACUUCUUCUCAGUGGGCUUCUAUGCAAGAACAAGUUAUUCUAGAUUUUAUUAGAGACCAACCUAAUAGGAUAAAUGAAAUACUACCAUCUGAACCAAUCGAGUUUGUAGAAGUUUCAAGUCCUGAAGAAUUUAUUCAACAAUGCUUUAAUACUGUUAUGCUUGGUAUAGGUGCUACACCCUCUACAAUUAUCAUAGAACAAGAUUUCAGUGUAAGUACUGAGGAAGUUGUCCAAAAAUUUUGCUUUAAUGCAAGUAGUAUAUAUUUUACAGCUAUAGAAUAUGCACACUUAUGGAAAGAAUCACAAGAAUGGUUCUCUGACUCAAAAUAUGCGAUCUAUGCAAGUAGAGGGACUCUCAAAGAUAUUCCUUGGCCUCCUCCAAGUAAACCUUUAGCAUAUGUAGGCCAAGGCCAACCUGAAUUGUUUAGGGAUAUGUGUUUUUUAGUUCUUUUCAUUUAUUGGAUUAGUGGUCAAUUUAAAGAUUUCCUAAUAGAAGGGACAACUUAUAGAGAAACACCCAAUAUUGAUAUAGCUAAAAAUAUAUUAGAGGACUUUUGUACUUCUUCAGCUAGGUCCCUAUAUAAAAUUAGUGAAUUUCAUCUUAAAGCUAGGGAAAACCUAGAUAUUGAUAUUAUACAAACUUUAAAAAAUUCUAAUAACUAUGAUGAAGCUAAAAAAUCUCAAUUAGAAAAACUGGAAAACUUCGAAUAUCCCGAAGAGACAAGCUUAAGAACUAAGGCUGCUAAGAAACAAUGGGAAGCUCUUAAAGAACAACUUUCAAAAGAUUUAAAUAUGAAUUAUGUUAGAUUUCUUAAAUUACCACCUUAUGAUCAAACUCUACAAGAACUUUGGCCUUUGAAUGUAAGUGAAGAAAAUUUUUUUAGGCAUUGCAUAUAUGUACUCAAUGAACUAAUAGAUAGAAAACUAGCUGUACUAUCAAGUUAUGUUCUAGGUGAUAGGAACUAUGUUGUUGAAUCAUUUUGCAAAGAAAGUUAUUUUUAUGUAUUUUCAAAUAUCAAGGAACAAGAUAAAUUUAAUUCAGAAAUAGAUUCAAAUAAGAUGAAUAAUAAAGUAGAUUCUAGAGCCCAUUCAUUCCUCAUGGAUAUUUUACAGGAACUUUCUGCUGAAGGCUUUCCUAUAUUACAGUGGUUGGAUCACUAUCUCAACUUUGAAAGUCAAGAAGAUAGACAUACUUUAACAAGAGCUGUAAAGUGGGGAGAAAAAUAUAAUAAUUGGCAUUUUCUAGAUUUACUUAUUCGAAAUUUAGAUAAAGAACAAUUUGUAAAUAUACAAAAACAUAUUCAGGCAAUCUCCCCUUUUGGGAAAAUUAUGUCAGUGGGUUUAUUUGACAAAGAAAAAUUAUCUAGUAUACAAACUACUUGGGGAGCUAUUUAUUUACAAUCACUAAGGGAUUCUGAGAAAGGAGAAAAUAGAAUUAUAGGACUUGUUGGAAGUACUCCACCAGAAUCAAUUUGGCCAGGAGCCUCCGGCGAACGAGAUUUUGUUCUUAGAUGUGUAGAAUCUCUUCAAAAACAAAAAAUAAAUCCUCCCUAUAUUAUUAUUAAAUCUGAUGGACGUAGUGAAAGAGGAAUUCUACAAAUUUUCUGUGAAGAUGCUUUAGAUACUCUUAUGGAUAUUCAACGGGAACCUCAAAAAAUUCUUUCCUUAGAUUUCUCUUAUGAGAAAUGUAUAAAUGAAGCUACUAGACAAUGGCAAUGGCAUCAUAUAUUCCAGCAAAUUGAUAUUGACGAGAAAGAGCUUGGUUUCCCUAGAAUUACUGGUUUAGAACCUACAAUUUCACAUUUAUAUUUUGCUGGAGGAACAACUCCAGAUGAAAUUGAAGAUAAAUGUGGGAGUGCUCUUGAAGAGCUUGAUAAACUAAGAAAAAUAAAAGUUCUAACUAGAGAUGCUUCUACAUUUUGUCAUGAUGCUGUUAAAAGAAUUUGUAGGGAGAACCAAGAUGGUAAAAGUACCUGUACAUUAGAACGAGAAAAAUUAGAAGAAAUUAUUCUUGGAUUUUAUAUGGACAGUCCAAUUGGAAAUCCUCUUCAUGCUAAUCCUAGAACUAGGUGUAUGAGAAUAUGGACACUAUUAAAAAGUUCAAUUCCAGAAGCUAAGAAGAAACAAAUCAUAAAAUCUGGAUCUGCUUCUAUGUUCAACAGUAGUUCAACUAUCCUAUGUCAAACAGCUAUUAAAUUUCCUGCUUUAAAGGAAAUUUUAGAUGUUUGCAGCCCAAUUGAUACUCCGAAUCAUAUUAUUCGAAGUUUUCUAAAUGCAAUUCGAAAACUUAAACAAAUUUCUAAUUUGUAUUAUGAUAAUGAGGAUAGAGUAAUACAAUGGAUUAAGGAAUAUAUAGUAAGAUAUCUUGCAGAUGAAAGAACUGAUACAGAAUUCACAGAACUUGCUGGAGACAAUGUAUUUGGGGAUCCAUACUCAAAGGAAGAUGAAGGUGAGAAUUUUGGAAAAGAAGGUAUAUUGGGAAAAGGUAUUCCUAAGACAUUUAGACCACUAACAGAUAAUGAAAAGGCACUCUUAAAUCACAAAAAAAAUAUGCGUAUUGAUGCUCUAGUAAAUGGUAUAGUUAAAGAAGUGCUUCCUAUUUUGUCAGAGCAAGUCAAAGUAGGAGCAAAAUCUAGAUUAACUCAAGAUGCUUUGGAAGAAAUUCAAAAAGAAUUGGACCAAAAAGAUGAAUUCUUUAAUGGUAAAAAACUUACAUUUGAAGAUUUUGGAGCCUCUAUACCCAUUUCUAAGGAUGAUAGAACAAGAUUAGCUGGAGGAAAAGUUUAUCUACCACUAGUAUCCCGGCAGUUUGAAACAAAAAAGCAACCCACUAAACUCAUUGCUGAAAUUGAUACUAGAUGGAAUAAUAGUAAAAAAAAUAAAAGUACACAUAUUUCGAAAGAUAAAGACUCAAAAUAUGACGGGAAUCAACCGAAAAUAGCUAAAGCACUGCGAAAUUUAGAUAAAGAAUGGAUAUCUAUAAUAUCUUAUCGAAAUUCACCAAUUAAGGGACUUCCUUUAGGAAGACCAAGUGAAUAUACUGGUAAGUAUGUAUUUACAAAAGAGGCAAUGGUGCAGAGGUGUAUUAAAUUUUUAACAAAUGAAGUUUAUAGUGAACAGUAUAAAAUACAAGUUAAGGGUAAUAUGAUUGAAAAAGUAGCGCUCAUCAGAGGGCAUUGUAUGGGUGCAGCAAAUAUGCAUUACUCAGGAAACAAAAGAUCGUAUCAAAUUGUAAGGGAUAGACCAAAAGCUACUUAUAAGGCUGGUAGGACUAUUUAUGUCAAAGAACAAAAGAAACCACUACACCAGGUUAUAGUCGAUGAGAAGUUAGGAAGAUCAGGUGGAGUCUUGAGUGAAAGUGAACUCUCUCCAGAAGAGAAUGAAUUUAUUCAAAAUAAUAUACCACCACAAGGAGUAUCAAUUGAGCUAGUCUGA